ACACCCCCGCGACACCACACCCCAUCCGAGAGCACUCUGCCCGGGGACACUACCAACCCCACUGCUGAGGUGGGGGUAGUAGCCAAGGGGCGACUGGUUCUUGGGGCGCGGUCAGCAGACACCAGGGGUGCGCGCAUCGGCAGUUACCCCAGGAGGGGUCAUGUACUCAAAUUGAGAGGAUGUGGACCCAACACCACGAAGGAAGGGCCCGGGCGCAACAACAUAGAGUGCACAGUUGGUCCUGAGAAAAGGGUGCCAGCAAUGCCUGGAUCGCCUGUGGAAGUGAAGAUACAGUCAAGAUCCUCACCUCCCACCAUGCCACCCCUCCCACCAAUAAAUCCCGGAGGACCCAGACCAGUGUCAUUUACUCCUACAGCAUUAAGCAAUGGCACCAACCAUUCUCCUCCUACCCUGAAUGGUGCCCCAUCACCACCACAAAGAUUCAGCAAUGGUCCUGCCUCUUCCACGUCAUCUGCACUAACAAAUCAACAAUUGCCAGCCACCUGUGGUGCUCGGCAGCUCAGCAAGUUAAAACGCUUUCUCACCACUCUGCAACAGUUUGGCAAUGACAUCUCACCUGAGAUUGGGGAGAAGGUUCGGACACUUGUUCUAGCACUGGUGAACUCAACAGUAACAAUUGAAGAAUUCCAUUGCAAGCUCCAAGAAGCUACAAACUUUCCUCUUCGUCCUUUUGUGAUUCCAUUCCUCAAGGCCAACCUGCCCCUGCUGCAGCGAGAACUGCUGCACUGCGCUCGGGCCGCCAAGCAGACCCCAUCCCAGUACCUGGCUCAGCACGAACACCUUUUGCUCAACACAAGUAUCGCUUCACCUGCUGACUCUUCUGAGCUGCUCAUGGAAGUGCAUGGAAAUGGAAAGAGGCCCAGUCCAGAAAGGAGGGAAGACAACAGUUUUGAAAGAGAUACAAUUCCUCCUGAACCUCCUGCCAAGAGAGUGUGUACAAUCAGCCCUGCUCCUCGGCACAGUCCUGCCCUCACUGUACCCCUUAUGAAUCCUGGGGGCCAGUUCCAUCCUACACCCCCACCUCUUCAGCACUACACCUUAGAAGAUAUUGCAACUUCCCACCUAUAUCGUGAACCUAACAAGAUGUUAGAACACCGAGAAGUUCGUGAUAGACAUCACAAUCUUAGUCUAAAUGGAGGCUAUCAAGAUGAGUUGGUAGACCACCGUUUGACAGAAAGGGAAUGGGCUGAUGAAUGGAAACAUCUUGAUCAUGCCCUGAACUGCAUUAUGGAAAUGGUAGAAAAAACAAGGCGCUCCAUGGCCGUUCUGCGGCGCUGUCAGGAAUCUGAUCGUGAUGAACUCAACUACUGGAAAAGACGAUAUAACGAAAAUACAGAGAUGAGGAAAACAGGGAACGAACUGGUCUCCAGGCAGCACAGUCCUGGGAGCGCAGAUUCUCUCAGCAGUGAUCCUCAGCGGGAAUUCAACAGUAGGCCAGCAACAGGAUAUGUACCUGUGGAAUUUUGGAAAAAAACCGAAGAAGCUGUGAAUAAGGUGAAAAUUCAGGCCAUGUCAGAAGUACAGAAAGCCGUUGCUGAGGCAGAGCAAAAAGCCUUUGAAGUGAUUGCAACAGAGAGAGCUCGGAUGGAGCAAACCAUCGCGGACGUCAAACGGCAGGCCGCAGAGGAUGCCUUCCUUGUCAUAAAUGAACAAGAAGAGUCCACGGAGAACUGCUGGAACUGUGGCCGCAAAGCCAGCGAGACCUGCAGCGGCUGCAACAUCGCACGGUACUGCGGCUCUUUCUGCCAACAUAAGGACUGGGAGCGGCACCACCGCCUCUGUGGCCAGAACCUGCACGGCCAGAGUCCCCACAGCCAGAGCCGGCCACUGCUUCCUGGAGGGAGGUCGGCCAGGUCUGCCGAUUGCAGCGUGCCAAGCCCAGCGCUGGACAAGACCUCAGCAACCACCUCGCGCUCCUCAACACCUGCCUCUGUGACAGCCAUCGACAGCAACGGACUCUGAGCCCAGGCUCCUUCCCCCUGAUGACCUCACGGCACCAGGGCUGGACCAGUGCAAGUAGCUGCUGGGUCAUCAGCAAGAAGUGAAGUGGAGGCAGAAAAGAGUCCAAGCCCAGCAAACAUUGCUUCACAGCCUCUCCAGACACCUGCCCCAGUUUCCCAUCUGUGUCCUUGGGGGAAAUAGUGUGCCGUCCUUUCUGCACACAGGCAGUUGGCUGGAGCUGCCUCUUCCAUGGCUUUCUGGUUUGUUCCUCUCCCAGCUGGAGCUGGCGUGGCGGACGCCUUUUCGGUGUAGACCACCAGCUCCCCUCCCUUCCUCUUGAGGCAGCAGACUGUCAUAUGUGCCCGGCCAGGCUGGAGGCAGCUGGCCCCAUGCACUGUCUCCUGCUCUACUGUCCUCAAGCAGCAGAGGCCUGGAGGCUGAGAGCAGGCUGUAGAGAGGGUCCUCCUGACAGGGAGUGGCCCCCCUCAUCCCCAACAGCUUCAUGAGCCCAUUUCCACCCUCAGCAGAUGCCACUGAUUGGCCCCAAGGGGACUUCAGGGAGGCAAAAAGCAGCACUCAGGACUCCCUUGACCCUGCUGUUCAAACUUGUUAAAAUUCUCAGAAACCACAGGAAAGUCACCAUUUUAGUAAAAGCACCCAUAACAAUAAAAAAUAAAUAAAACUUCCACCAAGCAUCACAGAUCAUCUUGGACAAGGUUUUCUAACCUGCCUGGCUACUUUAGUUGGGACCCAGUUUUCUCUCUCUCUGAUUUGAUUUUGCUUGUGCAGAAAAGUUUCCAGCACAUGGAUUGGUCUGAAGAAAAAUGAGACUCAGGUGUAGAUUAGUCUGUUCUCUGAGCAUUUUGGCCAACUACUAUCGUCAAGUUGUUGAAUGGAUCAUCUGUUGGAAACUCAGAACCUCUUGUCACCGCUUGGCUGUUUGCACAGUCAUCUUGUUCUGUGUCUUCUUAUCUCAGACCACGCGUGUCCAGAUCACAGUGUAUAUCGGUCUCUUUUUGGCAUCUCUGAAGCCGCAGUUGCCCCAUAGGAUGUGAUGUGGUGUGACUAGGACUCGCCUCACUAAUCAGGGCCUGGUUACUUCUGAGCAGCCCUCAUGGACCAGAAAGAAUUCUUCAGACCUCAUGGUUUCAUGUCAUCCUACAUAACUGCAUCAGUUUACUAUUGGGCACACAAUCUCAGAUUCCCUUCUCGUGUGUUUGAUACAUACCCAUUUUGAGCUAAGAAAUUUUGUGAAAUGUGAGAACCAUUGACCAGUUUUUCUUCCUAUCUUCAGGGAGUUUUCCAGCUAUUGACCUGGCUCUCCAAAUAUGACAUCACCUAAACCUGUUUUAAAAUGUUAAGAACUGCCGCACACAUUUCCCCUGACUUUUCUACUCUCCACCUCCUCGCCUCCAGCACCUUCUCUCCCCACGGAAUCAGUUGGGGUGAGUUGGUCGACCCUGCUCCUGCUGGCACUUGAGAGCCCUGCUUUAGAUAGCCACUUUUGUGCACUGAUGAGAGUGAAAUAGAAGCUCUCGUCCUACAAAGGGAAAGUAAUCAGCAUAGGUAGCAUUGUCCUUGCUUUAAGAAUUUCUAGUCCCUAACUGACCUUACCCAGGAUGUUCUAUCUUAUAAAGAAACUCAAUACAAGGCAUCUUUAAAAUACCUGUAUUUCCAUUGCAGAAAGUAAAGUAUACACAGAGAAGGAUUAACAUUAAUGUUACAUUGAUUUGGAACUCUAAGCUGUAGUACUUGUGGGGUGUUCUGACUUUAACAGGGAUGAAGUCAGCACCCCAGAUGGGACUUGCCUAUAUUUUCAUAAAAUACGGAAUGUCCCCCAAGGAGGUCAUGGGGCCUAUAAAUCAGUUUACAGCAAGAGGGUGUUUCGAGGUGUCCACUGGGUCUGUCCUCAGCUCACUCACUGUCUUUUCAUUGGCAAAUCAGAUGAACACCUAGGCAGGUUCUUUAAUCACUUUAUAUAUAUAUAUUGAUUUCAGAGAGGAAGGGAGAGGGAGAGAAAGAUAGAAACAUUAAUGAUGAGAGAGAAUCAUCAAUCAGCUGCCUCCUGCACGCCCCCCACUGGGGAUCGAGCCUGCAACCCGGGCAUGUGCCCUUGAAGGAAUCGAACCUGGGACCCUUCAGUCCACAGGUUGAUGCUCUAUCCACUGAGCCAAACCAGCUAGGAUGGGGUUCUUUAAUCUUAAGUACCCACAAGACUAGACAGGGUAGAUCAGAUUUUUCUUGGUUGGAAUAAAGACCAAAACCAACAAGAUAUUAUCAGAGCUCGAUGUCAUUUUCUUAAGCUAAGGCAUAGGUUUAGUUGUGCAGGGCCUAGCUGACUCUGUGGGCUGUGGUUCCAAUGACAGCUUCGUUUUCAGAGUUUCUGUGAUGCUAUUCAACACUGCUUUGCUCAUGUACUACCCAGAGUCCAAGCUGAAAACCUCGGCAGUAUUUGGUCAGUUUCACACAGGGGUUGCAGGUAUCUGUUCAAGGCUUACUAUUUAGAUGGAAAGAACUCCUUUCUCUAGCUUCCUGUCUGAAAUCCUCCAGCUCUCUGGUUGGGAUGGGGUGAUGGCACUGGAGAGGCAGGGUUGAGUCUGAGUUCCCCACUUGAUUUCCAGUUUCUGCUAAUACCACUCCAGCUACCAGGUGAGGGGUUCACGUUCAGGCUUCCCACCUUCAUCUAGUUGGAUUUUAAAUAUUUUUAUAUAAUCAGGUUUCUUAGAGGACCAACUUUUGUAGCUAAUAUUUGGGGGGACAAAAGGUAGAAGGGUUCGGAGUGAUGGUACUGAAGAUGUUAUCAAAGCAGUCACGGGCUCUUCAAUGUUACCCUAGAAGUCAAAAGCAAAGGUGACAUAUGUUGACCAGUGUCACCCCAAUAAAUUUAAUAAAUUUU